AUGGCAACGGUACAAAACCCAACAGGUUAUGGGCCCAGGAGAGGCUUGAUUUUUGAUGGAGACGAGAACAAGUAUGAAUUAUGGGUGGUGAAGUUUUUGGGAUAUAUGCGACUCCAAAAACUUUACAAUAUAUUCGUUCCUAGCGGUAGCGAAAGUGAGCUAGAUGAGGCAAAGAACGCAGAUGCCUUUGCCGAAUUAGUGCAAUGUCUAGAUGACAGGAGCUUGGCCCUGGUCAUACGAGAAGCGAAAGACAAUGGAAGAAAAGCCCUGACGGUUCUGAGAGAACAUUAUCAAGGCAAGGGAAAGCCCAGAAUAAUCUCGCUGUACACGGAGUUAACGUCGUUGAAGAAGACAGAAAAUGAGACAAUUACGGACUACAUCAUACGGGCAGAAACUGCCGCGACCGCAUUGAAGGCUGCCGAGGAAGUAAUCAGUGAUGGACUUCUGAUUGCCAUGGUACUCAAGGGUCUACCAAACGCGUAUAAAACAUUUUCUACGGUGGUUAUUCAACGAGAAAACCAGAUGAAUUUCGGCGACUUCAAAAUCGCAUUGCGUAACCAUGAAGAGAACGAGAAGUGCUGCAGACCGGCGGAGAAUGGCGACAACGUAAUGUACGUGAAGAAGAAAUUUGAAGGAAAGUGUUUUAAGUGUGACAAGAAAGGACAUAAAAGUUCCGAUUGCUGGAUGAAAGCUGAAAAUGGUGCAACAAGUGCAAGAGCAAGACACACAAUACCAAGGAUUGCAGAGCAAGAAGAGACGGUGUAA